ACAGACAGAUAGACAGACAGACAGACACCAUGUCUCCCUCCCAGUCCUCCCUACUUCUGCUACUGCUGAUGGUCUCCUGCUCCUGGGCCUCACACUUUUUAGGAGGAACCAUGACCUUCAACCCCAGAGGGACCAACCCAGACGGAACCUACAGGGUGGACCUCCGUUACAAGACAGCCUUCCACUCUACCGUCUGCCUAACUGAUACCUGGUCGUGUAUCAGUGGGGACUGUGGGAAUGAGAUCAGUUUAGUGGUUAACACAGUGGACCAGGGGAUAUCUGAGGACUGGUGUCAGACAGAGGGAGUCAUGACUAGACACGUCUCCAAUAACACACAGACUUUUGAUCUGCUAUUGGAUGGCGGAAACUGGAUAAACAAUGUUAAUUCUGUUAGUGCUUGGAGGCUGUGGACUCAUGUGGAUCUUGGGGUCAGGUCUGACACGAAGACAAUCAACCGAUCUCCACAGACCACUGUCGUACCUCUGAUGCGUGUCCCUGCUAAUUGUCCAAGAGAUUUCAACCUGUUGUCGUUUGAUCCAGACGGGGAUGAGGUCAGAUGCAGAUAUGCAGUACCAACGGACGAGUGUGUCACAUCAAGUGACCUUCCUAAUGACUUCACUCUACAAGAGAACUGCACCUUGUCAUUUUGGGGCAACAGUAGUACCACUGGAACAUAUGCAGUUCAGAUAGUGAUGGAGGAUUUCCCGACUCAGACCAUCUCUCUCUCCUAUACUGACGGAUCUCAAUCUAUCAGGACCUCAAACAACACACUCUGCAAACUACCUGUUCAGUUUGCAGUGAGAGUGGACCCCCCGGUGACAUCCUGUAUGGAGGGCUUGUACCUACCUAUGUUCCUGUCUCCAACGCCAGCCCAGGGUGCACUGCUCUACGCCUCUGCAGACCAACCCCUGGAAAUCACUGUCAGAGCACAGGCUACCCAGUCCACGGUUUCAGAGCUGUUGGUGAGUGGACCUUCCAGUAUCACAGAGAACACCACUGUCCCAGGAGAAUACCUUCUAAGGUGGACGCCCACUGAGGAUGAGGAGGGAGGGUACUAUCCUGUGUGCUUCAUCGCUCAGGGAGUGAACGACAGUUCCAUGUAUCACUCUGAGCUGCGCUGCCUGAUCGUCAGGGUUGGAAACACAAGUGCCAUCAGAACCACAGAGGAACCAACAACCUCCCCUCCUCCGGCAAUAAACCUCACAACAACAGAGGAACAAACAACCUCCCCUCCUCUGACAAUAAACCUCACAACCACAGAGGAACCAACAACCUCCCCUCCUCUGACAACAAACCUCACGACCACAGAGGAACCAACACCCUCCCCUCCUCUGACAACAAACCUCACGACCACAGAGGAACCAACAACCUCCCCUCCUCUGACAAUAAACCUCACAACCACAGCGGAACCAACAACCUCCCCUCCUCUGACAAUAAACAUCACAACAACAGAGGAACCAACAACCUCCCCUCCUCUGACAAUAAACCUCACAACCACAGCGGAACCAACAACCUCCCUCCUCUGACAAUAAACCUCACAACCACAGAGGAACCAAUAACCUCCCCUCCUCUGACAACAAUCCUCACGACCACAGAGGAACCAAUAACCUCCCCUCCUCUGACAACAAACCUCACAACCACAGAGGAACCAACAAGCUCUCCUCCUCUAACAACAAACCUCACAACCACAGCGGAACCAACA